GGGAGGCUCUCGGCCGUGGGGGAAGCAGAGCUUAAGCUUAACUCCGUUUGCGUGUGUGCUCCAGGGAGGGAGACAGCCAGCGCGAGAAAGAUGGCGAUGCCGUAUGCCUCUCUUUCCCCGGCAGCCGACCACCGCGCAUCCCCCGCCGCCACCGCCUCCCUCCUCCCCUUCUGCCGCUCAUCCCCCUUCUCCUCCUCCUCCGCGGGCGGCAAUGGCGUGGCGGAGGACGCGGGGAUGUACGCGAGGUGGAUGGCGAGGCCGCUGCCGUUCACGGCGGCGCAGCACGAGGAGCUGCAGCAGCAGGCGCUCAUCUACAAGCACCUGGUCGCCGGCGUGCCCGUCCCGCCGGAGCUAGUCCUCCCCAUCCGCCGCGGCCUUGAAUCCCUCGCCGCCCGCCUCUACCACAACCCCAUCGCCGCUGGGUACGGAUCCUACACGUGCCUGGGCAAGAAGGUGGAUCCGGAGCCGGGCCGGUGCCGGCGCACGGACGGCAAGAAGUGGCGGUGCGCCAGGGAGGCCGCCUCCGACUCCAAGUACUGCGAGCGCCACAUGCACCGCGGCCGCAGCCGUUCAAGAAAGCCUGUGGAAACGCCGCAGCCCGCGCCCCACCCCCAGUCGCCCCUCACCGCCGUCGCCAACGGCAACAGCUUCCAGAGCCAUUCCCUGUACCCGGCCAUCGGCGGGAACAACAAUGGUGGUGGAGGCGGGGGGAACAACAGCUUCUCCUCCGCGAUGGGGACUGCUCAGCUGCACAUGGGAGGCAACGCCUCUCCUUACGCAGCUCUCGUCGGUGGCGGCGGAACAUGCAAAGAUCUCAGGUAUACUGCUUAUGGAAUCAGAUCUUUCGCGGACGAGCACAGCCAGCUCAUCACAGAAGCCGUCAACACCACCAUGGAAAACCCAUGGCGCCAGCAGCCAUCGACAACCACCGCAUUCCCGAUCUCAAGCUACUCUCAGCUCGGAGGAGCAACGAACACCGUCAAGGCCGAGCGGCAGCAGCAGCAGCCGCUCUCCUUCCUCGGCUGCGGCGGCGACUUCGACACCGGGAAGGAGGAGGAGAGCCAGACGCUGCGGCCCUUCUUCGACGAGUGGCCUAAGGCGAGGGACUCGUGGUCGGACCUGUCGGCCGAGAAGUCCAACGUCACCUCCUUCUCCUCCACCCAGCUGUCGAUCUCGGCUGGGGAGCCGUUUACCAUGGUCAACACCGAGGACUUCUCGUCGGAGAUGACCAUCACCAACUCCCCGUCGACCAACGGUUACUACUGAAUCGAAAUGCUGCGCGGAUUGCCCUGCUGCCCGUGGGUCAAGAUCACCGGCGCGUUAUGAGUUCCGGCCACCCCGAGCAUGCAGUAGCAGCAAACCAAAACCACCUCUAAUACUAUAUGAUGAUGAUCGUGUAACUUUACCGGCCUUCGCCGUGCCAGAUUUAUAUCACCCGAUAAUGCCUUGA